UGUUUUUAAUCCUUUUUUUUAUUACAUCUACACAGUGUUCCAGAAAUAAUCUGGAUACUGGUUGGGGAUGAGAAUGCGUUGAACCACCUUGUUAGAGAACCUACCUGGAUAAGUCAACUCUCUUCACGUCGACAGCGCACUGAGCCAUAACUUACCCUCCCCUCUUUUUUUGGUAAACUUGAUGACCACUCUUGUGUUUACAGAUUGUUUACCUUGAUCGUAAUAAUAAUGUCACAAGAUCAUAUGGUACCGUUGAUCCAACAAAAAGCCAACGAAAAUGGAGGCCAAUUAGUGAGCGAAAAAAAAUACACUUUUCCACUUGGUGGUAACAAUAAUAAUAUCAAUGAAUCAAGAAUUUUGGAAGUGACCAUUAAAGAGAAAUGUGAUACCGAUUAUUCAAUGAUCACUUGGCCUGCUGCUCCCGUGUUGUCAAAAUUUAUGAUUAAACAUCGAUCUCAAUUCGCUGGUAAAAGAAUCUUGGAAUUGGGUAGUGGUACUGGACUUUGUGGUAUCGUUGGUGCUCUUCUUGGGGCUAAAUUGAUUGUUACUGAUUCUCAUUUGGCCCGUCAAAAGUCGAGCCUUCUCGAUGUCAACAUUUUACAGAAUAAUUUAAUCAUUGGUACAGAUGAUUCGAUUGAAGAUAUCGAUCCGAAAGUGAUACACAUUUUCCCGUUAACUUGGGGCAGAUUUACUGGUGUUUUCUUUAAGAUUCCUCUGAUUGAUGCGAUAAUUGCUUCCGAUUGUUUCUAUGAUCCAAAUGAUUUCGAGGAUAUUUUGAUGACCUUAGCCUAUUUUAUGACCCGUAAUCCUGAGACUGUUUGCUAUACCACUUAUCAAGUUCGCAAUUCAAGUUGGAACAUUGAAUGUGUCAUGAAAAGAUGGAAUCUUCAUUGUGAAUGUGUUCAUGUUGAUUAUGAGGACGAUGAUGGUGAUUAUGACCAAUCUCAAGGACAACGAUCGAGAAGCACAAUUCUAAUAUACAAGAUAACCAGAGAACCUCGUACUUGAACAAUCAAGGAAAAAAAUGGCAACAAACAAACAAAACUAACUCAAUGGGAAAAUAAACAUAACCAAUUUGGUCAAUUAUUUUUACCAUUAACCAGCAUCAUUAACAAUCAUCGUAAUCAUCAAUUAUCAUUUUAAAAAUUAUUAUUAUUAUUAUUAUAUCACCACUAUCAUCAUUUUCAUUCAUCAUUCAUCAUCCAGUACAACAACUAUUCAAAAACUUGUAACUUUUAUUUUCAUCACAAAAAAACUUAUAUUUUUCCGUUCUGAUUAAUAUGAAUUCUGGACUCAAAUCGGAAGUUGAAAGGUUGUGGUUGAGGUUCAACUUUUACCUCACUUAAAGUGACCAAAGUUAUCAAAUGAAAUUGAAAUUGUAUUUUUUUUAUGAGUAUUUAUUAAGAAGAGACAAUUGAACGUAA